AUGGGGCCCCCGGGCAAUAGGGGAUCAUGGGGCCCCUGUGUCCUUGCCCAAACUCAAAAAAGCAUCAAGCCCUUUGGAUCUGGUAUGGAUGUCGAGGGGAAUCCCCAUGCCAAAAUUUAAAAAAAAAACUCAUGGGGCCCCCGGGCAAUAGGGGAUCAUGGGGCCCAGGAGCGGACUGACAAUUCAUGGGGCCCCCGGGCAAUAGGGGAUCAUGGGGCCCCUGUGUCCUUGCCCAAACUCAAAAAAGUCUACCAAAAAGGUACCAGGGGCAUCUCAUGGGGCCCCCUACUGACUCCGGGCCCUCGGGAAGUGCCCGAGUUUCCAAAUGGUCAGUCUGCCCCUGCACCAGACCCUUAUCCGAGCAU